GAUGAUGCGUCUAGCGUGUUGCGCAGCCCUGCUAUUUGUGUUGAGGCUGCUGGUGGGCUUGCCUUGGUACCAGGUGCUCCCGGCCAUCCUGAUCUUCUACCUGGGCAGCGGAGGAUGGCACUUUCUGAAGAUAUUUGUCAAAACAGUUGGCAGAGACUUACAUGCGGCAGGUGUGUUACUGCAGGUGAAGAUGAAUGUCAGACGCCACCUCAGAGAAAAGAACACUAUUCCCAAGAUCUUUGCUGAAACAGUGCGCCGACACGGGGACAAAACGGCACUGAUCUUUGAGGGGACUGGGGAGAGGUGGACCUUCCGACAGCUGGAUGAGUACUCCAACAGAGUGGCUAACCUCCUGCUGGAACGGGGUUUCAAGGACGGUGAUGUGGUGGCCCUUUUCAUGGAGAACAGGUCCCAGUAUGUGGGCCUCUGGCUGGGCAUGGCUAAGAUUGGAGUAGAGGCUGCUCUAAUCAACUUCAAUUUGAGACUAGAGGCCUUGGUCCACUGUGUCAACAUCUCCAAUGCCAAGGCUGUGGUGUUUGGCUCGGAGCUGAAUGACGCGAUGUGUGAGAUCCACAAUUCAAUGGGAAAGGCAGUGCAGAUGUUUUGCUGUGGAGACUGGGAUGCCAAACGAGUCCCACAGGGAACCGAAUGCCUAGAGCCCCUGCUGGACGCUGCCCCAUCUCAUCUGCCAAGCCGGCCACAACGCUGCUUCACAGAUCGCCUGUUCUACAUCUACACGUCAGGAACCACUGGGAUGCCUAAAGCUGCUAUUGUUGUGCACAGCAGGUACUACCGCAUGGCAGCCUUGGUAUAUUAUGGCUUUAGGAUGACGUCAGAUGACGUGUUGUAUGAUUGCCUUCCACUCUACCACUCUGCAGGUAACAUUGUGGGAGUGGGCCAGUGUAUAAUACACGGCAUGACUGUAGUCAUCAGAAAGAAGUUCUCUGCCUCACGUUUCUGGGACGACUGUGUCAAAUACAACUGCACUAUUGUGCAGUACAUUGGGGAGAUCUGUAGAUACCUGCUGAACCAGCCGGUUCGGGACAUGGAGCGACAACAUCGGGUGCGUAUGGCACUGGGCAACGGCCUGCGCCAGUCCAUAUGGGUGGAGUUCAUGAACCGCUUCAAUAUACCACAGAUUGCAGAGUUCUAUGGAGCCACGGAGUGCAACUGCAGCCUGGGAAACUUCGGCAACAAGGUGGGAGCCUGUGGCUUCAACAGUCAGAUCCUACCCUUCAUCUACCCCAUCAGACUGGUGAGGGUUGAUGAAGAGACCAUGGAGCUCAUUAGGGGACCUGACGGCGUCUGUAUUCCCUGUAAACCCGGCGAGCCCGGCCAGCUAGUCGGCAGGAUCAUACAGAACGACCCUCUUCGGAGGUUUGAUGGUUAUGUCAACCAGUCAGCAACCAGCAAAAAAAUUGCUAGUAGUGUCUUCAAGAAGGGAGACAGUGCCUAUCUCUCUGGUGAUGUGUUGAUCAUGGAUGAGUACGGACACAUGUACUUCAAGGACCGCACAGGAGACACUUUCCGCUGGAAAGGAGAGAACGUCUCAACGACCGAGGUGGAAGGAACUCUCAGCAGGCUGCUAGACAUGAAAGAUGUUGUUGUCUAUGGAGUGGAAGUACCAGGAGCAGAGGGAAAAGCUGGAAUGGCAGCCAUCGCUGAUCCGUCUCACUCCACUGACCUGGAGAAAUUUGUGAAGGACAUGGAGAAAGCGCUCCCUCCGUACGCCAGACCGGUGUUCCUCCGCUUUCUUCCAGAGGUCAACAAGACAGGAACGUUUAAGUUUCAGAAGACAGACAUGCGUCGGGACGGCUUUGACCCCAGCGCAGUGACAGACAGACUGUACUUCCUGGAUUCCAGCAGAGGGCGCUAUAUGCAGUUGGACGAGGAGGUCUACCGCUCCAUACUGUCAGGGAAACACAAAUUGUGAUGACCAGGCUGACCACUACAUGUACACAUAGACACACACACAUACAGAUACAGAAAAGAAGGCAAAAUUAUGUGACCAGGAUAGCAGAAUGCAGGAACUUGUCCCCAUAUACACAAGUACAUAUAAAGUAUAGCCAUACACAGUCCAUGCACCCAUACUCAAAUGCCAAUACAUUUACAUGUACAUCCAUGUACACAUUGUAUUCCCAAAACCACUUUGCUCUUUAAAAUUCCUAAAAAACUGACUUAUGCACGCCCACCCCACCACUCCACCCCCCUCCUACACACACACACACACAGAACCACUCCAUCCAUCCCUCCUGCAAUCUCCCCGGCAACUCCUCUCGCUACCUCAGCAAACACAGAGAGAGGCUCAAACCUAGUAACCAGGUCUAUUUGGUAACUUGAAACCACCCUUCAUAGCCAAACAAUCCCAUCCCACACAGAUCUCAAACAAACCACGCCUGUGUCCAUUCUGGUCCAUCAAACCAGAUGUGUUGCCGGGGGACACAACUGGGAGGGAUGCCGAAUACAGGCUGCCUGGCAUCCAGAAUGCAAAAACUUGAAAACUACAGAUAACCACAGACUUUAAGGAUGCUGAGGAGGAGCAUGGAUUAAGUACAAAAAAAGUAUGUGGGACAACGGAGGGACCCAUGAGGACCUAAACUGUCGGUUUGUCGUUUCAUCAGCAGGAUUGUUUUGUGAGAGACUGGAGCCUCUACCGUCGACUUCACCUGCACAAUUAGCCAGAAGUGACAAACCUGUGUGACAGCUCCAGCUUUCCUCUAUCUGAAGUUAACUUAAUGAACGUAUUUCCUAAAUAAAUAAUACAUUUAUUUGUGAAAAGGAGAACAACGUAAGGGUGUGAGGGAUUUUGGAAAGCCUUUAACAUGUAACCCAUGAUUACAGAAGUUAAAUUAGACCAGUGGUUGAAGCUGAAAGAUUCACUGAAGUGCAAUAGGGCUCCAGCGUUUGCAGUGCAAUAAUCAGCCACACCACAUGAGCGCUGAUAUAAAACAAAGCUUUGUAUUUAAAUAUGUCUGUGUCACACCAAAUAUAUUUAAGUUGUAGUGUUUGUUUACAUUUUUAAGAAAAUAUGGAAGUUUUAGUAAUUUAUUCUGUUUUGAAAGCUUUUUCUUUUUAUAGUUCAAAUGUAUCAGAUUAAUUUUGCUUUAUCUUUUAUCCAAAUCUUCAGUAAUGCUCUUGGAAUCCUCAAAAAUGAAGCUGCAUUAUGCAUUUUAUAUCAGCUGCUGGAACACAAAGUCAAGUGAUCUGACUGAUUCAACCCUGAGCUAAAUACAUGGGGCUAUUUCCACGAACGAGACUUAUAUCUGAGCUGGCAUGCAGUAUGUUUCUGUGGCUGUAUUGUGCAGGUUUUGUCCUAAAAGGUAGGCUUUGCCUAUAGUAGGGCGUGUGUAUAUUCUUCUAAAACAUAUGAAGAGGACUUUACUGAAGAGAGAGAAGCACCAAAUCGCCCUAUCAGCGAGGACUUGUGUUUUCAACAAAAUUCUGGUGCUAAAGCGGGAUGUUUAGCCAGAUUCAAGGGAGCCGAAAGAUCCAAAGAUUCAC